GCUGAGACCCCCGCCAUGGCCCGCUCGCUGACCUGGCGCUGCUGCCCGUGGUGCCUGACGGAGGAUGAGAAGGCGGCCGCCCGCAUCGACCAGGAGAUCAACAGGAUCCUCCUGGAGCAGAAGAAACGGGACCGUGGGGAGCUGAAGCUCUUGCUGCUGGGGCCCGGCGAGAGCGGGAAGAGCACGUUCAUCAAGCAGAUGCGGAUCAUCCACGGGGCGGGCUACUCGGAGGAGGACCGCAAGGGCUUCCGGCCCCUCGUCUACCAGAACAUCUUCGUCUCCAUGCGGGCCAUGAUCGAGGCCAUGGACCGGCUGCAGAUCCCGUUCAGCAGGCCUGAGAGCAGCCACUAUGCCGGUGUGGUCAUGAGCCAGGACCCCUACAAGGUGACCACUUUCGAGAAGCACUACGCCGUGGCCAUGCAGUGGCUGUGGAGCGACGCCGGCAUCCGGGCGUGCUACGAGCGCCGCCGAGAGUUCCACCUGCUUGAUUCGGCGGUGUACUACCUGUCCCACCUGGAGCGCAUCACUGAGGAGGGCUACAUCCCCACAGCCCAGGACGUGCUCCGAAGCCGCAUGCCUACCACUGGCAUCAAUGAGUACUGCUUCUCCGUGCAGAAGACCAACCUGCGGAUUGUGGACGUCGGGGGCCAGAAGUCAGAACGCAAGAAGUGGAUCCACUGCUUCGAGAACGUGAUCGCCCUCAUCUACCUGGCCUCGCUGAGUGAAUACGACCAGUGUCUGGAGGAGAACAACCAGGAGAACCGAAUGAAGGAGAGCCUGGCCCUGUUCGGCACCAUCCUGGAACUGCCCUGGUUCAAAAGCACAUCUGUCAUCCUCUUCCUCAACAAAACUGACAUCCUCGAGGAGAAGAUCCCCACCUCCCACCUGGCCACCUACUUCCCCAGUUUCCAGGGCCCGAAGCAGGACGCGGAGGCAGCCAAGAGGUUCAUCCUGGACAUGUACACCGGCAUGUACGCGGGCUGCGUGGACGGCGCGGACGGGAGCAGGAGGGGGCCGCGCUCCCGGCGCCUCUUCAGCCACUACACGUGCGCCACGGACACGCAGAACAUCCGCAAGGUCUUCAAGGACGUGCGGGACUCGGUCCUGGCCCGCUACCUGGACGAGAUCAACCUGCUGUGA